GGAGAUGGACGCGUAAGACUGGAACUAGCGUGAGAGCGAGGCUGGCCCCACAUAUUAUGGUCUAGUCUUAUUUCUCUCUCUCUCUCUCUUUGGUAGAACCUCCACCAGGCAAGAUGGUGCGUGUUAACGUUCUAAACGACGCAUUGGUUUCUAUCUGCAAUGCCGAAAAACGCGGCAAAAGACAGGUCCAGAUCAGGCCUUCCUCUAAGGUCAUCGUGAAGUUCCUCACUGUCAUGAUGAAACACGGUUACAUUGGUGAAUUUGUUAUUGUCGAUGAUCACCGUGCCGGCAAGAUCAUUGUCAACCUCACAGGCCGACUCAAUAAGUGUGGUGUGAUCAGUCCACGAUUUGAUGUUGGUGUUAGGGAUAUUGAACAAUGGGCUAGUAACCUCCUUCCCUCUAGACAGUUUGGAUUCCUUGUGCUGACCACAUCCACUGGCAUUAUGGAUCACGAGGAGGCCAGAAGGAAACACACUGGUGGAAAGAUCCUGGGUUUCUUCUAUUGAUAGAAGAAUGUAAAAUAAAUUACCAUUCGAAAUC